GCUGCUGCUGCCAGCAGGUAGAACUGCCUCACCCACCUCUGGCUUCAGGAAGCACAUCAGAGCCAAACCUGAAAGAUCUGCAGCAAGAGUGGGUGCUUCUGCCACAGCCGCUUUCCAAUCUGGCUCUGCAAGGAGGCACACAGUACAAUUCCUGCUAGCUGCAGUGACAAUAGCAGAUCGGAUUUAUCAGUCACUUACCUAUGUGGAGCCCUGUCACCAGUGGCCAUCCAAUGAUCCUGGGCUGCUUACUGCCUCGGUUCCAGGAGAGGUGCUGGGCUUUGAGUUGUAGAGGAAUCAAGAGAAUUGCAGGCCAGAGAGAGCAAACUGAGGCCUGGGACAAGCAUACCUCAGAGGAGCUGAAGGUGCCCUUUGCCAGGACUGCAACUGGGACCUUUUUUCAAGAGCAACCCAAGAUUGGGAAUCCAUAUCUGGAAGAUGCUUUUCUUCAGGGUUACUUGAAAGCGCACCUCCCUUCCAAGGUGCUAGAGGAGGUGAGCCUGGACCUAGAGAGGUUUGGGGCCCGUGUGGUAGCUGAGAUUGACUCUCUGGGGCGUGAGUGUGAGUUGAACCCCCCUGCACUGCAGCAGUACAAUGCCUGGGGGCAACGUGUGGACCACAUCAUCACCUGCCCAGCCUGGAAGAGGUUGAAAGAGAUUGCAGCAGAGGAGGGGUUAGUUGCUGAGGCCUACGAGCGGAGAUACGCCAACUGGAGCCGUGUGCAUCAGAUCACCAAGUUAUACUUAUAUGCAGCCUCUUCUGGCUUAUUCUCCUGCCCACUGGCCAUGACCGAUGGAGCAGCCAAAGUUAUUGAGACUCUGGGUAUAUCUGGGCCUCUGGAAAAAGCCUUUGGUCACCUGACAUCUCGUGACCCAAGGAAGUUCUGGACCUCUGGCCAGUGGAUGACUGAACGCAGAGGAGGCUCUGAUGUUGGUUGUAGCACUGAGACAGUGGCCAGAGAGCAGGCAGAUGGCACAUAUUGCCUCUACGGCUUUAAAUGGUUCACAUCUGCCACCGAUGCAGACAUGACGCUGACCUUGGCAAGGAUCAUGGAUGUUCAUGGAGAAGUAGAACAGGGCUCCAGAGGCCUGUCCCUGUUCUUCAUGGAAGUCCGAGAUAAGGAGGGAAAGCUGAAUGGCGUUGAGGUGCAAAGGCUCAAGGAGAAGCUGGGCACAAGGCAGGUGCCAACAGCUGAACUGCUGCUGGAUGGAGCCAAGGCACACCGGAUCUCUGCUGAAGGUCGGGGAGUGGCCUCCAUUGCCAACAUGUUGACCAUAACUAGGAUCCACAAUGUCAACAGCUCAGUGUCUGUCAUGAAGAGGAUCAUCAAUCUGGGCAGAGACUAUGCCAGCAAGAGGGUUGCUUUUGGGAAGUUCUUAAAGGACCACCCCCUACACAUGCAGACCAUGGCCCGGAUGGAGGUGCAAAGAAGAGGGGCUUUUCUACUGCUCAUGGAGAUAGCCAGGCUCCUUGGAUUAGAGGAAACCAGCAUGGCAAGUGAGCGGGACCGGCUUCUUCUCCGGUUGCUGACACCAGUUGCCAAGCUCUACACCGGGAAACAGGCUAUUGCUGUUAUUUCUGAAGGGCUGGAGUGCUUUGGAGGGCAGGGCUACAUGGAGGACACAGGCUUGCCAGUCGCACUUCGAGAUGCCCAGGUGCUGACCAUAUGGGAGGGAACCACAAAUAUCCUCUCACUUGAUGUCCUGCGCUCCCUUACCAAGAGCCAAGGACAGGCAUUAGUUGCCUUCUUCUCUGCAGCGCAGGGAAAGGUGGAGCUGGCUUCCAACAUUAAAGACCUGGAGUCUGCUGUGCAGCGAAUGCAGUCCGCUAUCAGCAAGCUUGAAGAGUUCUCUCAGAGAGUUGGCUCAAAGGGGCCAUCUGGCAUGGAGCUAGCAGCAAGAGAUUUUGCCUAUACACUAGCAAGGAUCUACACAGGAGCUCUCUUGCUUGAACAUGCAGCCCGACCUGGCGCCUCUUUCACAGACAUCUUCACUGCCCAGAGGUGGUGCACACAGGAUCUCUGCCCUGUAGCCACAGAAGAAGCAACUGGCUCUUACAAUCCUGAGGUGGCUUCCCUGGAUACCUCCUUGGUUUAUGAAGGAAGCCCAGUUUUGGAAGGAUGUAACCAGAACUAACUGAGAAAAUCCAGCCCCACUUUGGAAAAGGAAAGACUGACUUACAGCAUCUAGGGCAGUUAUUUCAGUUGGAGGGCCACUUAAUGAGUUUUGGUGAUCUGCCGAGGGCUGCACACACAAAAUCUUUCAGAAGAUAUCAUCUUGAUAAAUUAUAGCUAAAAACAAAUCAUACUAAAAAGCAAAUAUCUACUGUAACAUAUUUUAUUUCAAAAUAUUUUUUGUCCUGAUUUAUGUUUUCUUUUUUAGUAGUAUAUAUACAGAUGAUUGCAUAGUAGCUCAAAAUAAAGUGUUGCUCUUUUA